AUGCUGAGAAAGAUUGUGCCUUCAAAUUCUAAUCUUACCACUAACCCUGAUCCUGACCCUAGCCCUAGCCCUAGCCCCAGCCCCAGCCCCAGCCCUAGUCCCAGUCCCAGCCCUAGCCCUAGCCCUAGUCCCAGCCCUAGUCCCAGCCCCAGCCCCAGCCCUAGCCCUAGUCCUAGCAGUCCUAGUCCCAGCCCUAGCCCUAGCCCUAGUCCCAGCCCUAGUCCCAGUCCCAGCCCCAGCCCCAGCCCCAGCCCCAGCCCUAGUCCCAGCCCUAGUCCCAGCCCUAGUCCCAGCCCCAGCCCCCAGCCCCAACCUAGCCCCAGCCCCUACCCCCUAGUCCCAGCCCUAGCCCCAGUCCCAGCCCCAGCCCCAGCCCCAGCCCCAGCCCUAGUCCCAGCCCUAGCCCUAGUCCUAGCCCUAGUCCCAGCCCCCAGCCCCAGCCCUAGCCCUAGUCCCAGCCCUAGUCCCAGCCCUAGUCCCAGCCCUAGCCGUGACCAUGACCAUGACCACCAUGACCAUGACCUUCACCCUAACCUAAUCCUUAUUUUAACCUUGACCUAA